ACGCCAAAAGAUCACACGGGCUUCCAACAUGGCGGCGGCGGCGCUGCUGGGCGGCUGGUCCCGCUGUCGGCGGAGAUACCUUGGCAGUGGGAUCCAAUUUCUCUCCAGCCACAACCUACCCCAUGGCUCAACAUACCAGAUAUGUCGGCCAGGCAGAGAGCUGCCACUGUCCAAAUCAUAUUCCUCUGGGAGCAGAAAAGGUUUUUUAUCUGGCUUGCUAGAUAACAUCAAACAAGAAUUAGCCAAAAACAAAGAAAUGAAAGAAAGUAUAAAAAAGUUUCGAGAUGAGGCAAAGAAGCUGGAAGAGUCAGAUGCACUCCAGGAAGCCAGAAGGAAAUAUAAAACCAUCGAGUCGGAGACAGUGCGCACCAGUGAGGCAAUAAAGAAGAAGUUGGGAGAGUUAACUGGGACAGUGAAAGAGAGUCUUGAUGAAGUUAGCAAGAGUGACCUUGGUCGCAAAAUCAAGGAGGGUAUGGAAGAGGCUGCCAGAACAGCCAAGCAGUCGGCAGAGUCGGUGUCCAAGGGCGGAGAGAAGCUGGGCAGAACUGCAGCCUUUAAAGCCAUCUCCCAGGGCGUGGAGACAGUGAAGAAGGAAAUUGAUGAGAGUGUACUGGGGCAAAGAGGGCCCUACCGCCGGCCCGAGAGGCUUCGGAAAAGGACGGAGUUUGCUGGAGAGCAGUUCAAGGAAGACAAAGUGUUUGAACCUAAUGAGGAAGCACUGGGGGUUGUGUUGCAUAAGGACUCAAAAUGGUACCAGCAGUGGAAGGACUUCAAAGAUAACAACAUAGUGUUUAACCGGUUCUUUGAGAUGAAGAUGAAGUAUGAUGAGAGUGACAAUGUGCUCAUCCGGGCAUCCCGUGCUCUGACAGACAAAGUCACGGAUAUGCUGGGGGGCCUGUUCUCAAAGACAGAAAUGUCAGAGGUGCUUACAGAGAUCUUACGGGUGGACCCUGCCUUUGACAAGGACCGCUUUCUGCAGCAGUGCGAGAAUGACAUCAUCCCUAACAUCCUAGAGGCCAUGAUUUCUGGAGAGCUUGAUAUUCUCAAAGACUGGUGCUAUGAAGCUACCUAUAGCCAGCUGGCCCACCCUAUUCAGCAGGCCAAGGCUCUGGGCCUCCAAUUCCACUCUCGCAUCCUGGACAUCAACAAUGUCGAUCUGGCCAUGGGCAAGAUGAUGGAGCAGGGCCCAGUGCUGAUCAUCACCUUUCAGGCCCAGCUGGUAAUGAUCAUCAGGAACCCCAAAGGCGAGGUGGUCGAGGGUGACCCGGAUAAGGUGCUGCGAAUGCUGUACGUGUGGGCACUCUGCCGAGACCAGGACGAGCUCAACCCCUACGCAGCUUGGCGCCUCCUGGAUAUCUCUGCCUCUAGCACAGAGCAGAUCCUCUGAGGGUGCACCAGCGACCAGGGAGCCUCAGGGCUGGACAUCAUGCGUCAGACAUACAGGCAGCACCAGGCAACUUGGCACUCAGAGACAAGACUCCAUGGCAGUUGCAAAACCAGCUAUAUAAGAAAGGGCCCACUGUCUUUAGGGGAACACUCCCCAGAAUGAGAUGUGGGGCUGUUGCUGGCUGGUGCAUGCCAGCCACACAGUGUGAAGGGGGAAGAAAGGUGAGGCCCAGCCUGCUUCUCCAAGUGGCCUAAUGGACAUUCCAGUCAGGUUACAUUAAGUCUGUUUUUUAAUUUUAUCACUGCUCUUUCUUCCUAUACAUAAGCCUGAGAAUUGGUAAUAAUAAACACCAAAGUAUGUAAGAGCA